AAAAAAAAAAAAAUGUCUAAAUUUUUAGCAUUAGCAGCAGGUGCUGUAACAUCCGCUGCUAUAUUAUAUCAAUUUAAAUAUGAAAUUGAAUCUAAUACAGAUCAAAUUCGGAAAAAUCUUUAUAAUAGUCAAUAUAAACUUGAAGCUUCUUUACCCUCGCAUUUAAGAGAUGAAAAACCAAAAUUACCAUCUACACAAUUAGACGAUAGACCAAAAUUACCUUUACCAUCAGUCUCUAAAACCGAACAUUAUGUUUCUAAUCGUUUCAUCCCUUCUUUUAAAUCUGCAUGGAAUGAGAAUGUUACGGGGAUUGCUCAAUAUUUGAUUAAUUUUGAUAUUAAUGAAACUACUAAAUCUGGUUAUAAUAAUGCUAAAACCUUUGUCGAAGAAAAUUUAGUUAAUAAUAAGAAAUAACAGAUCAUUUUUUGGGGGGAAAUCCAAGUAUAUAUGAAGAAAAUUUGAUACAAAAAUCUAAAAAAAAAAAAGAAAAAAAA